AUGCCGCCCGCCGCGAGCCAGAAGGGCACUGGCAAGAAGGCCGGGCCCGGUGCUAUGCGACAACGGAGUCGCAACACGACUCCCAGCUCCGUCGUCCCGUCCGCCAGCUUACCGCCCAUCGAGGCCGUCGAUACCGAAUAUCUCGAGCUACGCGUCGAGCAGUUCCGAAACCUCAACUAUGAUGACCUAGUCGACCAGGGCGCGUCCAAUGCCGUCAUACCCGAUUCCAAAAGCCUUGACGGCAUGAUCGCACGCCUCCAGCGUCUACAGGAAACCAUCGACAGACGCAGCAAUUUCUGUGAUAGGGGCAUGCGGAUACUCGCCAGUACCCGCAAGCAAUACGUCAACGACGUCGAAGAAAGUACCGACGCCGCUGGAAAGGCCGAGGGGGAUAGCAAGAAGACCAGCAAGACAAACAAGAAGAAGAGAAAGGCGGCUGAUACCCUAGCACCCCCCCAGGAAGGGGGAAUCGAACGGUCAUCCCCGCUUAGGGAAUCCACUAAACCACGAAAGCUUUCGCGUGACUCGGCCAGUUCUUCCCUGUCACCCGUCGCACCUGCAACGCCAUCUGCAAUGGAAGUCGACGAGAAGACCAAAAAAGAAGACAAUGAAGAGGAGGAAGAGGAAAGUUCAGAAGACGAGGGCGCGCCGCCCAAAAAGGCGCAACCCGCUGCGCACACUUUCGGCGACGACCCAUCCACCUUCCCCGACCCGACCGUUUACGAAAUUCGCCCAACGCACCCAGGCAUGCCCGAUGAGGAGUUGAAGGAGAUUUACUCCGUCGCCGUCUUCCCAAGGACCGACCUGGCCGAUCUCAUCGCUGGCGACCCUCCCGACAAGGACUUUAGUAGUGCCAAGCCCACGAACCAGAUCAGCUUUUCAACCUUCUCAACGUACAUGGAACCGUACUUUCGCCCGUUUACCGAAGAAGACCUGGGGUUUCUCCGAGAGCGCGGCGAUCGCGUCACACCUUUCCACAUGCCCAAGAGGGGCAAGAAGCACUACACCGAGAUUUGGGCAGAGGAGGAUGGGGCCAUGGCUCUCGACAAACCCCAGAACGCCCGCGAACAAUUGGCACCUAACCAACCUCGUGGCGCGAUUGACAACAUGGAUGACGAGGUUGCUGAGACAGACAAGUUAUCAGUCGGGCCGUUGUUAUCACGCUUGAUGCAAGCCAUGCGACCGGAGAACCGGCCCCAGGCGGACGAGGACAAGGGCCCCAACGGCGUCCCCAACGGAGACACUGCCAUGAACGGUGGCAGUGUGAAUGGGGAGUUUGGAGAUGCGCAGCAGAGUUUCAGCGACGAUAAGGCGCCGCCAGUUCCUCCUGCAUCCUUCAUGCCUGAGUCAAACUCGGAGGCUUGGAAGAAGGCGUCGCAUCCCAAGCUGGAGUACACACAGGUCGAUGAGCGAAUCAAGCAGGAAUUGAGACACAUCGGUUUCCUUCCUCAGGAGGGCAAUUUCGAGAGCGAGUACGACGGCGCAUUCGACGACGAAGUGGCGGCCAGGCUGCGCCUGCUGCAGGGUCGUUUGCGUGAACAGAUGCUCAUCAACGGCGCGCGCAAGGCUCGACUUACAGAACUGGUCAAGGAACGCAUGGCGCAUCAAGAGUACCAGACGAUUCUCGAGGACCUUGACACACAAGUGCAGGCUGCAUACCUCAAGCGGACGCGCACGAUGGGCAAGAGCAAGAAGAACAAGCGUCCUGGCGGAGCUGGAGGCGGCAGUCAUGCCGUCGGCGGCGCGGCUGGCAUGGCGAGGCCGGGUAUUGGCGACAUGACCAAGACCCUGAUGGAGCGCCGCAAGCGCUGGAUCGACACGAUAGGAUCUGUAUUCGAUGACGAAAGCCUGGGCAAGGUUCCCCGCAGUUCGGAUACCGACUCUUCAAUCUUCAAGGCAAACGUCAUGUCUGACCUGAUGAAGAGGGAAAAGUCGCAGUGGGACGAGGAAGUCGAGGAGGAGUGA